GCCACCCCGCCCUGCCGACGUUUGAUCUGCCGACUGAGUCGUCAUCACAAGGAGACUAACCUCCCAAGUCCAGUCCAUACUUACUCGCCCAUCCCGCGCCUCCCCCCCCCAACCUCCCACGCCCGCCUCAACUCCUAUCGCCUCUGUUCUGCCUGGCCUCGGCAUCGAGCGAUUUAGCCUGUCCUCCGUUUCACCUCGUCGAAUCGAAGCCACCCCCUCCCCGAAACGUCGUUCGCCGUUAGAUCCCGUGCCACUCCGAGCUUCAGGACACGGAUGCGAUAACGACCAGUCCGGAUGACGAAUGGUCUGUCGUAGAGACCUCCGAUGGCAAUUUGUGCCUGGGCGAUCUCACACGCAACACUGAGCUCCUCCCGGAGACCUACGACCCCGCCCCUCCUCAAAUCUACCCUCCAUCCUUGUCGCCAGGGAUGAGUUCCUACGGCGGCUUUGCCGACGUCUUUAGCCUUGGGACCGCCAGCACAACCAACACCAGCCGGAGAUCUACCUCCACCGUCCGAUCGCGCACCCGCCGCCUGAUCUCGUUCAGCGAGGACGAUGUCGGCGAGCAUGGGAGACAAAUGCAGUCCGCCGGGCUGUCCUCGAUGCUAUCCCCAGAGGCCUCCGCGGUUCGCUCCCGCGGAGCCACGCCUUCCCCUAACCCGUCCCGCGGAGUGUCCCCCAUACCAAUGAGACAUCCCUCGCGAGCAACCGAGGCGGCCAGCCGCAGCCGGGGCAAUAGUUCAUUAGGUGGGUUCCACGAGGGAAAGAGCGCACCGAACUUCGCUGAAUCGUCGCGAGCGGCCGUAGACUUCUUGGAUUCCUCGUGGUCCUCGCUCCAGAGUCUGGCUUCGUCGGUUUUAGGGAGCGAUAUCGCACGCCCGGCCCCCAAUGGGACCGCGAAGACGCAUGUCCGGAAACCAUCGCGUUCGGACCCCUACAUGAGACCCCCCGCGCGGGCAACAUCUGCAACGUGGGGCCCCUCGGGCGCGGCCACAACGGAGAUUGGCAGCGGGACCAAGGAAGAAAGACAGGCGUUGGUGCAGGCAAAGAAAAGAGAAGCGUUAUUGCUGGCGGACACGGGUCCGGCUUGGGGGCCCAACCCCCGGCAUAAGCGGCGGGAUUCCAGCGACCACCCGGGUCAUUCGAACGUUGACCCCGAGCACGACGAGGAAGCUCUGGCAUACAUCCAUCAUGUGCAAGCAACGGACACGAUUACGGGUGUUACCAUACGAUAUGGCUGCCAGCCGGCGGUGUUCCGGAAGGCCAACGGAUUUUGGCCUAGCGAUAGCAUCCAGGGCCGGAAGACCGUCCUUCUGCCGGUGGACUCUUGUUCGGUCAAAGGACGGCCCAUUCGGCCUAAAAUAGAAGAGGAGGACUUUUUGGGGGAUGGGAGCGAGUCUCUAGAAGACAUGAACGGAAGCUCCAUCGCCCCCACAUUAUCACCCGUCAAGGCAAUGUCUGCAGAUGCGUCCGAGACGGAAGGUGACCGCGUCUGGACGCACGGGUCAUGGGUGCAGAUUGAGGGAUUCCCCGCCCCGGUGGAAAUCGGCCGCGUCCCUCGAAGAGCAUUGGGCUUCUUUCCCAGGACCCGGCGGAAAUCCGUAUCGUACACCGACUCGGCGCCUUCCCCGGCAUCCGGCCGGGGAGGGUCGUUCAGCAUCUCCUCAUCGUCUUCGCCCGUUGAACCGCCCUCCGUCCAGCCUGCUAUAUUCCCCUGGACUCGGCGGCCGCAUGCAGACUCGUCCGCGUCACGCACUUCCGCGAAAUCGAAGCCCGGAGGUCGCCAUCAACGCCAGCGCAGCGGUCUCCAGCUAUCUGGGCCGGGCGUUGGCACCCUCGAUGACUCGACGGCCCCCGGGCCAGCACUGGACGGUCUCAGCAAAUUUUUCGCCCAGCACCUGCCGAAUCUUGCCCUUGAGACUCCUCCGCCGAACUUUGAGAACUCGGACAGUGCUGCGGCUGCGGCGAACACCCCCACGGGGCUGGACAACCUCGGUGGAGCCGUGGAGUCGUGGGUUCGGAAGAUGACAACGCGCGCGAAGGCCAGCUUCAACGAGCUACAGCAGCCGCCGAGCAACCCGACCAGCGAUCCCGCACAGGUCGUCGGACGGCGCGGGACGGGAGAUCUCAUCGAGCUGAACGACGGGUUAGAGUCGCGCGCCUCCUCGAACCUCAUCGCCGAAACCCGGUGGAAGCCCGACCUGGUUCGAUCCGAGGGAAGCUCCCUGCGGGGGCGUUUCCCCAGUCCAUCCCCCGGGACGAGCCGGACUCGUUCGGGGGCUGAUCGGGCGAAGGACGAUUGAUCAUCCGAGCUACGCGUGGCCGUUUGCUUCCUUCUUAAUAUCUAUUUCCUGUUUGGCUCGAUGGCAGAGUCACCUGUCACCUGCUGGGCGAUCAGGCAUUUAACUUCAGCGAUACAACACCCUCUCCCCUACCCUCGUGCACCCCGCAUAGCACGACGCGACGGACGCUGCGUCGUCCGACGACUGUAAUUGAUGUGGCUUUUGUUUGGACUGGGGACAUCCUACUGUGUUCAUUUUGUACUUAGAGCGGUGCCGUUGGGGGAUCAAUGGCACCGGACCGUGCGUGUCUCAGCAUCGGACGAUGAUGCGAUGAGGGGACCAUCCGCUAGAAUAAUAUAUUCAUCCGUCGUUAUACA